UGUGGAUAAAAAUCCUUGAAAGCCCUUAACGCUUAGAAUUAACGUACAAUUCUAUCAACAACAAAGCAUUCACAACUAUUUGUUAAUUUUGUUCGUUCGAAUGAACGAACUGGAUCAGGCUGCGCGUUGAGAAUAUAUCAACAGGACCCUCUACAAUAACACUAAACUGAAGACAAAUCUCCAAGUUGUAAAAAUGAAAAGAAUUUACAUUAUUCUCAUGUCCUGACAACCGCCGGCGAAUUGCCGGUGAAGGGACAUUGUCGCGUCAUCUUCAUAUGCAGGUAUGCGAUUUACAAACGCUUCACCUGACCCAGCAUGCUUUGCGGCAUAGCGGCGGAUAAUUCACUUUGUGGAACGCGUCGGCAAAGCUGUAUCAUAUCGAGCCGAUGAAAAUAGAAGUCUUCUAGUCGAAUUAUCGCGAAUGAUUUAGUGAUGUUUAGUCGGCACAAAGAUCACAACAAAAUGGGCAGCGUCCGAGAGCUACAAGCAGCUUUGAACGACAAAGAGAACGAAUCUAAGAUUAAAGAUAACCGAAUACAUGUCUUAGAAGCAGAGUUGAGACGUAAGGACGAGCAGAUUCGUAAGUUGGAAUCGGAAUUGGAUAAAUAUCGUUCGGUUCUGAAGCCUACUGUAACUAAUACGACGAACACGAAAUCUCGUUUGCCAAGACUUGGGAUCUCGGCCGAACCAACCUUGGCAAAGAAUUUGGAAGAAAAGAAAACAGCAUCGCUUAAACAUCACAGCAAAUCCCUAAGAUCAAAAGAUUUGAUAAAAGAAGCCAUACUCGACAAUGAUUUUCUCAAGAACCUGGAGCCAUCUCAAAUCAGAGAAGUCGUCGAGUGUAUGUACGAGACGAAGUAUAAAAAAGAUCAGGUUAUCAUACAGGAAGGUGAUACUGGCGCGCAUCUCUAUGUAUUAGAAGAUGGCAAGUGUGUGGUUACAAAGGAAGGGCAGGUUCUGGGCAACAUGGGUCCAGGAAAGGCGUUUGGUGAAUUGGCUAUUUUGUACAACUGUACAAGGACAGCUACGGUUAAAGCCACGACAAACGCAUCGUUAUGGGUAAUAGAUCGUCAGACGUUCCAAACAAUUAUGAUGAAAACAGGUCUUAUGAGACAGGCGGAACAUAUGGAGUUCCUAAAGAGUGUCCCACUUCUUAAGGAACUCGGAGAGGAUGCUUUGUUGAAGAUCGCUGAUGUAAUUGAUGAACAGCAUUAUGAUGAAGGAGAAUAUGUUAUUCGACAAGGAGCGAGAGGAGAGACUUUCUUUAUUAUCAAGAAAGGAACGAUCAUAGUAACGAUGAGACAGAAUGUCCAUGACGAGCCGACCAUGAUACGAGAAAUGACGACUGGGCAAUACUUCGGAGAAAAAGCUCUGAAAGGUGACGAUUUCCGAACUGCUAAUUGUAUUGCUGGAAAAGGUGGAACGCAUUGUCUGGUCCUGGAUCGAGAGGCUUACUCUCAGUUUAUUAACGGCCUGCAAGUUGAAGACUAUAGAGACACGCCAACUGCCACAGACGCAGUUAAAGCAGAGAAAUUAAAGGAACAAGUGAAUGAGUUCGCCCAUAUUGUUCUGGAAGAUUUAACAGUCAUCAAGACGCUUGGCGUUGGUGGUUUUGGAAGAGUUGAACUGGUAAAGACAGCGAAAGAUAAGAGAACGUUCGCCUUAAAACAACUGAAGAAACACCACAUUGUAGAGACAAGGCAACAAGAUCAUAUCAUGUCAGAGAAAAAGAUUAUGUUUGAAGCGAAUUGUCCAUUUAUAGUUAGAUUGUAUAAAACAUAUAAGGAUAAUAAAUAUUUAUAUAUGCUGUUAGAAACCUGUCUUGGAGGUGAAUUAUGGACAGUCCUUAGAGAUAAAUCAUGUUUUGACGAUGGUACGUGUAGAUUCUAUGUCGCUUGUGUCUUGGAAGCAUUUAGUUAUCUUCACUCAAAAGGAAUAGUCUAUAGGGAUCUCAAGCCAGAAAAUUUAUUAUUAGAUGACAAGGGUUAUUGUAAAUUAGUCGACUUUGGUUUUGCAAAGAAGAUUGGUUUCGGUAGAAAGACCUGGACAUUUUGUGGUACGCCUGAGUACGUCGCCCCAGAGAUCAUUUUGAAUAAGGGUCAUGAUUUGUCCGCAGAUUAUUGGUCUCUUGGUAUUUUAAUGUAUGAACUGUUAACAGGAAGUCCUCCAUUUUGUGGCUCAGACCCAAUGAAGACGUACAAUAUAAUUCUUCGAGGAAUGGACAUGAUUGAAUUUCCAAGGAAGAUUACCAGAAAUGCCCACGUUUUGAUCAAGAAACUUUGCAGAGAUAACCCAGCAGAGAGGUUAGGAUAUCAGAAAGGUGGUUUGAAAGAUAUAAUGAAACAUCGAUGGUUUGACGGCUUCAACUGGGAAGGUCUUAGACAAAGGAAACUCACACCGCCAAUUAUACCCAAGGUGAAAUCCGUGACAGAUGCAUCGAAUUUCGACGAUUAUCCACCGGAUGAAGAAGUACCUGUUGACGAUUUGACCGGUUGGGAUAGAGAUUUUUAGGUAGAACCAAUCAACCAAUAGUAUGCACAGGGUUGGACACUCGGUAUAGAGGGAGCUAUAUGGAUGCAGUCGAUGAGUCUUUUAUUAAUGUAAAUACAUAUAUCACAUAGUAGACUCAAUAUACUUUAUACACAACUGUAUAGGCAUUUUGAAAUUUAAACCAACCAUUGGGAGUCGGUUGUUCAGAGCGUGAUCAACGUUGACCCUGGAUUGAAUUUCAGAGUUCUUUUGCUUUUGUGUUUCUGUAUGGUCAUUUCUUAAUUGAAAGUCUAAUGCCUUAGAAAACAGUACCUCUAAAAAAGAUCUGGGUAAUCAUCCUGAUCUAUACUGUUGCUAAAAUUUAUUGCAAGGUUUGUGUUGUAAAAUUCAACUCACAAUCAGGGUCAAGCCGGUUGCUUAAUUAAGGCAGAAUUAGAGCUAACCCUGGGAUUCGCUUUUUAAAAGCAUAUAUCCAUUAAUCCAGCCUCGUAAUGCAGGAAAAAUGGUUUGUGCUAACCUGGGGUUAGGCUAUCCCGCGUUUAAACAACCGGCCCUAAGAUCCUCCCUCCCGAUGAUCUCAAGAUCAUCUUGUGUGCAAAUGUUUUCAAUUUGAGAAGUUCGACAAUAAGUACCAGUCCAUUCCCAUAAAGUUAGUAUAUAACAUAUUGGCAAGUGUAAAUACGUGAAGAUUAUUUUUAUGACUAGGUAUCGAAGUGUAAUAAAUAAUAUUUUAAA